AUGUUGGAAUUGGGCACUUGUUCGGUCAGCGCUCAGACCCUCUCUGACCGCAAUGCCCUGGCAGUCCCGUCUUUCAGUCAGGGCAUGUGUGGCGGGAGCCCGCCUUCGCAAUGUUUCCUCCUUCAGCCUCAGGACCCAGAGAGCUGGCUCAAGCACCGGAGAACCCUGGAGGACGGAUCCCGCUCCUGUUCGCUCCUGGAGCCCCAGAGCCUGGCUGACAGCUUCCUGUCCCAUGCAUCCAGUUUCGACACGCUCUACGUCCCCCACGUCCGUCCCAUGGGUCUGGCGCCAUCCUCCCUGGAUCUCGGAGGGUUGUGCAAGGGGGCGGCAGCGUUGGGUCUGGACCCCGACAUGCCCGUCAGCCCGAAUAUCAUUAAACGGCGCAGGGGGGGACUCAUUGAACAACGGGACAUCAUUAAAGCACACCAGGCACACAAGAUCCAGAGCACCCCACAGGCCCGGCGCAAGGAAUGGGAAAUGGCUCGCUUCGGAGACGAUGUUCCCGGUCUGCUGGGAGCCGGGGAUGGGGGUUCGGAGCGCAGUCGGAACCGGGAUGCACCGGCGGUAUCCACAGGUGGAGUUUCACCAGCCUUCAAACAGACCAAAGCGCAACGAGCCCGAACCAUGGCUCUGUACAACCCCAUUCCGGUCCGACAGAACUGCUUCACCGUCAACAGAUCGCUCUUCAUCUUUGGAGAGGACAACAUCGUUAGGAAGUAUGCUAAGAAGAUCAUAGAAUGGCCUCCGUUUGAAUAUAUGAUCCUGGCCACCAUUAUCGCCAACUGCAUCGUCCUGGCCUUGGAGCAGCACCUGCCUGGAGAGGAUAAGACACCCAUGUCAAAGAGACUUGAAAAAACAGAGCCCUACUUUAUAGGAAUGUUUUGCUUUGAAGCUGGAAUAAAAAUCAUCGCUUUGGGAUUUGUAUUCCACAAGGGCUCGUACCUGAGGAACGGCUGGAACGUCAUGGACUUCAUUGUUGUCCUAAGUGGGAUUCUGGCCACAGCAGGAGCCCACAUGAAUAUUUCAUUAGACCUGCGCACGCUCAGGGCUGUGAGGGUAUUACGGCCCCUUAAACUGGUUUCUGGCAUUCCUAGUCUGCAAAUAGUUCUUAAAUCCAUAAUGAAGGCGAUGGUGCCACUGCUACAGAUUGGUCUGCUGCUGUUUUUUGCCAUUCUCAUGUUUGCUAUUAUUGGAUUAGAGUUCUACAGUGGAAAACUCCACAAAAGAUGUGUAGCUUUUUCAAACAUUACAGACUCUGAGAGAGCAGACUCAUCUGAACUUGACUUCCCGUGUGGGGCCAAGCCUUGUCCUGAAAAUUAUAACUGCACUGGCCCCUGGCAAGGACCCAAUGAUGGCAUCACUCAGUUUGAUAACAUCUUAUUUUCCAUACUCACUGUAUUCCAGUGCAUCACCAUGGAAGGCUGGACAGCUGUACUCUAUAAUACCAACGAUGCCUUAGGCUCUACUUGGAAUUGGCUCUACUUCAUUCCUCUAAUAAUAAUUGGCUCCUUCUUUGUGUUGAAUCUGGUAUUAGGAGUCCUGUCAGGGGAGUUUGCUAAAGAGCGAGAGCGGGUAGAGAACCGAAGAUCCUUCAUGAAGCUCAGAAGACAGCAACAGAUCGAGAGGGAGCUGAACGGAUACCGGGCCUGGAUCGACCGUGCAGAGGAGGUGAUGCUUGCAGAGGAGAACAAGAAUUCAGGACCUUCUGCUUUGGAUGUGUUAAAAAGAGCCACCACAAUAAAGAGAAGAGGGGUGGAUGAUGUUCGGAGAGCUCCAGAGGAACAGUAUGCUGACAUAUCGUCUGUAGGGAUGCCAUUGAACAGAGCCAGCAUACGCAGUGCUAAAAGAGGACCAACGUCCUUUUUCCGUCGGAAAGAACGCAUGCUAAGGAUCUCUGUUCGCCGUAUGGUGAAGACUCACACCUUCUACUGGAUCGUUCUGAGUCUGGUGGCCCUCAACACUUUCUGUGUUGCCAUCGUACACCACAAGCAGCCUCAGUGGUUGUCUAGUCUCCUUUACUAUGCAGAGUUCCUGUUUUUGGGCCUGUUUCUUACAGAGAUGUUUCUCAAGAUGUAUGGACUUGGACCCAGACUCUAUUUCCACUCCUCCUUCAACUGCUUUGAUUUUGGCGUGAUAGUGGGCAGCAUUUUUGAGGUGCUCUGGGGGUUCUUCAGACCUGGCACAUCCUUUGGGAUCAGCGUUCUGCGUGCCUUGCGAUUGUUGAGAAUUUUCAAGAUCACAAAGUACUGGGCGUCCCUGAGGAACCUGGUUGUGUCUCUGAUGAGCUCCAUGAAGUCUAUUAUCAGUUUGCUCUUCCUGCUUUUCCUCUUCAUUUUGGUCUUUGCACUUCUGGGCAUGCAGCUCUUUGGUGGAAGGUUCAUCUUUGAAGACUACACACCCACUAAUUUUGACACUUUUCCAGCAGCCAUCAUGACAGUGUUUCAAAUUCUCACUGGCGAGGACUGGAAUGAAGUCAUGUACAAUGGAAUCCGGUCUCAAGGUGGCGUGAAGUCAGGGAUGUGGUCAUCUGUCUACUUCAUUGUUCUGACUCUGUUUGGAAAUUAUACACUGCUCAACGUCUUCUUGGCUAUCGCUGUUGACAAUUUGGCCAAUGCCCAGGAGCUCACAAAGGAUGAAGAGGAGGAGGAAGAGGCGUUUAAUCAGAAACAUGCCCUGCAGAAAGCCAAGGAGGUUGGGCCCAUGUCCUCUUUCAUGUCCUCAGAGAGGAGGAGGAGGCCCUACCUGUACAGGAAGCGUGCAAUUCACCGGAGCCGUGCGGCUUACUCCUUUGAGGAUUCAGAGAGUCUAGCUGAUGCUCGUCCACUCAAUGCCUCUAACUCUUUCAUGUCCAGGAGAGAGAGAAGGAGGAGACUGACCAUGUCAGUUUGGGAGCAGAGGACCAGCCAGUUGCGCCGACACAGACAGAUGUCCAGCCGCGAGAUCCUUUUCAGCAGCCCCAGUGAGGAGCCCGAUGGACCACCUGGCUGCCAUCACCACAGGAAGCCUGGAAUAUCUCCAUCUAACAGCAAGCGCAUAGCCAUAGAGACCACAACAACCACCACUAUGCCAGAGGCUACCUUGGAGCCACCUAUGCCUAUGGACAUGCCUGUGGAUGAGCAAGCUCUGUCCAUUCCUAUUCCUGAACCCCCUUUAACUAUUCCAAUACCGGAGCCACCAAUGCCUGUGGACAUAUCUGUCCCUGAAUCCCCAGUGACGCUGAACUUACCCCUAACAGAGCCGUCUGAAUCAAAAACCUCACCCGAGGGCACUCUGGACAUUAACAACCAUUGCCCCAGACUGAAUGGAAACAGGCGGCAGCGGGCAGUCCGUAAGUACAGGCCUCCUGCGCAGGGGGACACGCUGACCCCUGAUAUGGGGCCCAGGCCCCGACGCCCACGCCACCGGGAACUUCACACAGAUGCAAGGGGUAAAGAGACACAACUAGGAGACGGUGGUGUUGACAGUAGAGAACAAAGGCCAGGGAAUGAUGGAGAUGAAAACGAUUUAAAGAAUGAUGGAGAGAUCAGUCCAGAUGGCAGAGUGCUUGAACAGAGGUAG